AUGGAUUCUCCAAUUCUAGAUACCACAGUCGGGCGCAACCAGAACCGCUACUCGUUCAUGGAAACACCGCGCGAGAUGAACCCGCCAUCCCGAUUCCCAAGUCCAACCCUGCCUCAUGCGGACUCGAGAGCACCGACGGAAGAACCGUUACAGCAGCAAGACACUUGGACACCGACACCAAAUGAAAAGACCCAGUUUCAUAACCAGGGAAUACUUCCGGACUAUACAAACUGCCCACCUCCCGAACAACAUCCUGCAAACUACGCACCUUUCGCAGAUACAUCUGCGCAGCAUCAAAGUACCCAGAUACCUUCCUAUUCGACAGCACAUGGAUCUCAACAGCAGGACGCCCCUAUAGUUACACAAUACGCGACCGCAUAUGGUAAUUCAACCUAUACCACACAAACCCCUUCGCAGCCAUAUACCAACCAGUCAUUCUCAAACCUACCCCAGCACGCCGUCUCUCCUCAUCCAUAUACCAGUCAGCAUUAUACAAAUAUCCCAUUACAGCAGGGAACAAUGUCACAUCAAAGAUAUUUUGACAGCUCCGAUUACCAGUGUACCACCCCAGUAUCUGCACAGCCAUAUGCAUACUCGCACACGCAGUCCUACACAACCAUGCCCGAACAGACUCCGCAAAACACCCACAUAACGCCACAACCAUACACAUAUAACGAACAGACUGUUCCAACGCCAACGUCCCCAGGCCCACUCCCAUUAAAGAUGCGCCCGGGCGCACUACGCAGCAACACAGUGAACAUCGCACCAGACGAGAACCCUCUCCAAUCACCCCAGCAAACAUACUUCCCCCACCAACCAGAGCCGCAACCGCCCCCGAAGACCUAA